GUCUAUUUUAAAGAUAAUUUCACCAUUUCAACGACACAGACUCUUGUUUCACUCUGUUGUAACUUUAUCAAAAAGUGUUGCAGGUUUGUACAUAUAUUAACUAAACUUAGUGUCUGUUUUCAUGGGUUGAAGCUAGGGUCAGUUCAUUUAAUGUCUGGCAGAUUAUGUCCGAACAGUGGAAAAUAAGUAGUCUCAGUCCGCACAUCAAAGAAUAUUAUAGUCCGAACAAUAGGUUGGAAUAGGUUUCUCAUGGCCGUUUCCUUUGUGUUGAACCGAUUUUUGUUCGGCUGGUUUUAGACUGAAUCUACUUCAUCACUUCCUCUACAGUACUGGAGAUGCACAAGAUGGUGUUCAUUCCAAACUGGUUUUAAAGACAGGCACAACGAAACAAGACCUUCUGAUAUAAAUUACACUGGAUUUGUUUCAUCACUGUCUCUAGAGUACUGGAGAUACACAAGAUGGUGUUCAUUCCGGGCUGAAUUUGGAGAAAAUCUUGACAAGACAAGACAUUCUGAUAUAAUGUCCUCAAUGUCUGUUCGAAAAACAAUAUGUCCAUCAUUAAUGUUAGAUGUGUCAAAUAUGAGGUCUCAUCUAAACACUGUGAAAACAACUCUGACCUGGAUAUGCGUACAUUAAACCGUAAUCCGCAAGGCCUCUCUAUGAAAGGCCAAACUUGUAGUAAAUAGCUCAUUCUGAUAUACCGUUACACUGUUAGAAACGUUUACUUAAGACUUCUGUGUGGACAGCAGUACCAUGUCAUCCUCUGAUGCUACUGAUAGAUGUCUGGAAGGUGAGGUUCCUUGGAACUACUGUAAAGCUAGCUCUGAUCUGGAAAUAUAUACACAGAAACACAAACAGUCUCUUGAAAAACCCUUCGCAUGUGGGAUGUGCUUAAAGACUUUCUCUUACAAGAGUAAGGUAAAGCAGCAUAUUUGGACCCAUAUUGGUGAGAGGCCAUUUCCGUGUGAGGUGUGCGGGAAAGGUUUUCUUUGCAUGAACAACUUAACACGACAUAUGCUCCUUCACACUGGCACUAACAAUUUCACGUGUGAUGUGUGCGGAAAGUGUUUCCUCAUGCAGAAGUACUUAAACCAGCACAUGGUUGUCCACACGGUUAAUUUCAAAUGUGAGUGGUGUGCCAAAUGUUUCGUAGCCAGUUCCAGACUAAAAAGACACAUGGUCGUCCAUACUGGCGUCAAGGACUUCAAAUGCGAGCUGUGUGGGAAGCUGUUCUCGCUAAGUUCGGGCUUGAAACAGCAUCUUCUGAUUCACACGGGCAUCAAGCCGUUUCAGUGCGAGGUCUGUGCAAAAUGCUUCCUGCGAAGUACCGACCUUGUGACGCACAUGCUGAUUCACAACGGAGCCAAGAACUUCAAAUGCGAAAUCUGUGCGAAAUGUUUCUCACGUGGAUUCAGCUUGAAGCAACACAUGAUUGUCCACACGGACGACAAGCCGUUCAUAUGCGAGGUUUGUGCUAAGGCGUUUCCUCGUAAGUCGAGCUUGAAGAAGCACGCCUUGCUUCACACGGGAGAGAAGCCGUAUUCUUGCGAGGUGUGUGAAAAGCGUUUCUUGCUGAUUACCUAUUUGAAAGAACACAUGGCCGCCCACUCCGGCAUAAAGCCGUUCGUGUGCGACGUCUGUGGGAAAGGUUUUUACCAGAAGAAGCUUCUGAAGGGCCACGUGACCAUCCACUCUGACGUGAAGAGAUUCAAGUGUGAGACGUGUGAGAAGUGUUUCACAAACAGAACAGGGUUGAACAAACACACGGUCGUCCACUCUGCUGUUAAAAGGUUCAGCUGUGACGUCUGUUCUAAAUGGUUCACAAUGUCUCACAACCUUAAACGUCACCAGUUGAUCCAUACUGGUGAGAAACCUUAAUAAUUCAGUGGCGGAUCCAGGAAAAUCCAUUGGGGGGGGGGGGGGGGCAAUGACAUGAGGCUGAAUGGCAAGGGAACUUUAGGGGAGGUUUGCAGAGGGAUCGUAGAAUUAAUUUGUUUUUAAUAUACAAUAAAAUUAUGCCCCCCCCCCCCCCUCCCUAGAUCUGCCUCUGUAAUUGGCAAGGUGCCUGUAAAGCUAAGCAUUAUCCCUUUUGUGCGGAAUUGACGGGGCUUGUAACCAGGACUUUUCUAAAAAAAAGAUAUAAAAUCCACUAGCCAUGGGAUCAGUGAUUAGAAAAAAUUACCUGCUACGAUUAAAAAUUCACUAGCCCUACUUUAAACUUUAACUUUAUACAAUUUUACUAAA